AUGCUGACAUUACACGCUCCAAUGGCAACGCCAUCGCGGCUUCUAUCGGUUUCCCGAAGGGCUUUUUCUGCUGCUUUGAAAAGUGAACGUGGGGUUUCCAUGGUUCAAGGAGCUUCCAGAGGAAUAGGUCUUGAAUUUGUAAAACAGCUACUAGAGAAUGAUGAUAAAGGGCAUGUCAUUGCUACCUGCCGUAAUCCUAAUGGGUCAACUGGGCUUGUCAAUCUGAAAGACAAAUUUGCUGAACGUUUAAGAAUAUUACAGUUGGAUUUGACCUUUGAAAGCUCAAUUGAGGCAACUGCAAGGGCAAUAAAGGAGACAUAUGGCCAUCUAAACCUUCUGAUCAAUGCAUCUGGCAUUCUGUCUAUACCAGAAGUAUUACAGCCAGAAACAACGUUGAGCAAAGUGGAGAAGUCAUCUUUGAUGCUUGCUUACGAGGUUAAUGCUGUAGGUCCUAUCUUAGUGAUUAAGCACAUGUGGCCUCUCCUAAAAGUUGGAGGAGGCUUUGGGACUGAAAGAAGUGUUGCGGUGGUGGCUAGUUUGAGUGCACGGGUUGGAUCUAUUGGGGACAAUCGCCUAGGAGGUUGGCACUCUUAUCGGUCUUCAAAGGCUGCUCUUAAUCAAUUAACAAAGACUAUUUCAGUGGAAUUUGCAAGAAAGAAGGAUCCAAUUGCAUGCAUUCUUUUGCACCCUGGGACAGUUGACACAGAUCUUUCUAAGCCAUUUCAAAGGAAUGUUCCCGAUGACAAACUCUUCACCAAAGAGUUCUCAGCUCAAAAGCUCCUAAGUAUCAUCAACAAUGUCAAGAGGCAUGACAAUGGCAAGUUCUUUGCUUGGGACGGUCAGGAAAUUCCUUGGUAAACCGUCAUAUUUUUCCACAUGUAAGCAUUAUAAUAUUCCUUGGACAUAAUUUCUUAUAGCAAUAGUUUUACGAGAAAA